AUGAGCGCCGGUGAGUUGCAGCAGGCGCAGCCCAGAGCCUCGGCGCCGGCGGCCGCCCCCGCGCCCCCGCAGCCCCGCAGCGCGCAGGAAGCCCCCGACAUGGCCGUGUACUGCAGCGAGAACUUCAGCGUGUACCCCCAGCCCAGCCUUCACCCGCCCGGCGCCGCCGCCGCCGCCGCCGCGGCCGCCGCCGCCGCUGCCGCCGCCGCCGCCUCCUCGGGGCAGCGGGCGGGCGGCUACGCGCUGGGGGACUACGGGGCUCCCGCCAACGCCGGCUACCUGUGGGGCAUGAACAGCCCCGCGCCCUACCUGCAGGGCCCGCCCGGCGCCGCCGCCGCCGCCGCCGCCGCGCCCUUCCUGCCGCCCGCCUCGUACGGCUGCUCGCGGGGCGGGCAGCUCGUGGGCUCGCCCCCGGCGCCCGGCUCGCCGUCGGCGGGCGGCGCGGAGCUGAGCUGGCUCAGCCUGGCCAGCCAGGAGGAGCUGCUGAAGCUGGUGCGGCCGCCCUACUCGUACUCGGCGCUGAUCGCCAUGGCCAUCCAGAGCGCGCCCGAGAGGAAGCUCACCCUCAGCCACAUCUACCAGUACGUGGCCGAGAACUUCCCCUUCUACAAGCGCAGCAAGGCCGGCUGGCAGAACAGCAUCCGCCACAACCUCAGCCUCAACGACUGCUUCCGCAAGGUGCCCCGCGACGAGGACGACCCCGGGAAGGGCAACUACUGGACUUUAGAUCCCAACUGUGAGAAGAUGUUUGACAACGGGAACUUCCGCCGCAAGCGCAAGCGGCGCUCGGAGCCCAACGCGCCCGCGGCCGCCUCUGCGGCCUCCUCUCUGGGGGCCCUGAAGGCCGAGGAGGAGAGACCCAUCCCAGCCACAGGCAAACCAUGUGGAAACAGCCCACCCCCCGAGCUGGACCCCUCACCCUCUGCCAGGGACCAUCCCAAGAGCUCCUCUCCCUCCAGUAUCAUUUCAUCCACGCCCAGCUGUCUCAGCACCUUCUUCAGCGGCAUGAGCUCCCUGAGCGGCGGGGGCAGCCGGCUCACGGGGGGUCUCGGCGGUGACCUGCAUCACAGGAACUUCUCUGCUGGACAGCUGAGCAGUGGCACUUUCACCCCUUCCAGCAGCUCUUCUCAGGAGGUGCCUUCCCCGGAGCAGCUGCAGCGGGUCGCGGGACCGUCCCCUGCCUACUACAGCUCCUUCCACCCCAGCAGCGGCAGCCAGGGCGCCCAGUACAACCACUACUACAACUUCACAGUCAACAGCCUCAUCUACACACGGGAUGGGACAGAGGUGUAGGUGCUGGGGCAGCCAGCCAGCGCUGCAGAGGGAAAGGGAGCUGGACCAUGCGCUUUUGCAAACAGCAUUUCAACGUGGACACUUCCCAGGAGCUCUCCCAGGAAGACUGAUCUUCUCACCUUUUGAAAUAAGAGCACCCCUAAAGCACCAGCAGAAGGCAGAUGCAAUGUUUUUUCCCCCAUCCAGGAAAACGUUAGGUGGUGUAGAUGCUUUGCCAUCUAAAUUCUGCAGGCGUGAACUGAAUUGAUGUUUUCAGAGGUUUCUAAUCCUGAAUGUAGAACAAGAAGUUUAAAAACCAUAGCCAUAAAGUGGUGUUGGCAAGAGCCAAGCGUAGACAUCCAGUGAGUUUUAGAAGAGAACAGGGAAAAAAAAAUGAAGAGAUUUCUUAUGAAGUGCCUUGUACAAUGUAUUAAAAAACCUCUUCUGCCAGCAAUUGCCUGUGUAAGCUCUUGCUUGUGCCCUGAUCCUGCAAUAUGCAAUGCACAGGGGGAAUAUCCUGUAUAAACACCCACCCAAAACCUCCUCAGACUC